AUGACACCAAAGUCAACCAGUGAAGAGUUGGGAAGACAUAUUCUUGAAGAUAGCACGACUGGACUGGAACCCAAGACACAUCGCAAAAAAAACGCUGUUGCUUCGCUGCCGUGUGAUACGGCUCUUAGUCGGCAAGCCAGUAGUAGCGUAGCGUGGUUCGGCGCAUGCGGGCUGGGUGGUGUUGGGUCGAUAGGGCGGGCGGCAGUGCGCGCCGCGCCGCGCCCCAGGGAGCUCGCGCGCCUCGCCAUGUGGGCGAGCGUGCUGCUCGCCAUCUUCGCGAUCCUCACCGUGCCCAGCUAUGUCGCCGCCGAGAAGAGCAAGUUCUAUUAUAUGGAAUCACUAUGCAAGGACCACUUCCUACAGCGCCAGUAUCGCAAGCUGGACGGCGGUGUGCUCUGGUCCAGGAACGAGCGCAACCUGGACUGCACUGUCACCUUCCAGACUCACAGCAUCCUGCAGCGCUUCAUGCUGCACUUCGACCUGCUGCAGCUCGACUGCAACGACCACCUGUAUGUCUACGAUGGGGCUCACGCCACCGCCCCGCCAAAGGCCGACCUGUCAUGCCGGAACACCAAGCAGCAGGUGGGCGCGCUGUUCACGCGAUCCAACUUCGUGACGCUGAAGUACGUCACCGACAAUUGGGGCACUGACGCCAACGGGUUCAAGCUCGUCAUCACCGCUGUCAAGGACCCCAAACACGGGUGCAAGGAGUUCAGAUGCAAGCAGCGGGAGUUCUGCGUGAGUGCAGACCUCAUGUGCGACGGGGUCGACCACUGCGCUGACGGCUCCGAUGAAGACACAGCCGCGCUAUGCCCUGAGAGCGGUGGUAGCGGCGCGACGAGCGCGUGGGUGGUGGCGGGCGGCGCGGGCGCGUCGCUGGCGCUGGUGGUGGCCGCCGCUGCCGCGUGCUGCCUCUGUCGCCGCUCGCGAGCGCACCGCACGCAUCUACACUUGCAACAGAUGGCCAGCAGCAACGGCGCCGGCGCGGCUGGCACGGCCGGCGCAGGCGUGGGCGCUGGCGCCUCGCUAGCCGGCGACGGCGGCGAGCCGGCGGGCGGCACGCGGCUGCCGGGAAACUUGGCGCUCCCUGCGGGCCCGCGCGGGUACACUUGGGCGCGCCCGGGCCGCUUCCGGGCGCGGGCGGCGCGCUGAGCGCUCUCGCGCACAAGGACGAGUGGUUCGUGUGAGAGAGAGCACCGACCACCGGCCGCGGCCCGGCCGGGCCCGCAGGGGGGGGCGCCGUACCGGCCCCCAAGCCGCCGGCGAUCUAUCCGACGCCGCUCUAUCUAUGUAUGUCCUACCUGAUUUAGCGAUCGUUUUUUUAGGUGAAUUUUUACUCGUUUAGUGGAGGCGCAUGCGCGUCCUGGGUGUCCAGUUUUUGGUGUUAACGAUUAACGCAAUGUAAAUUUAUCGAUAUGACAUUAAACAUUUUUGGCUUAUUGUUCGUA